AUAUUACAGGUAAAAUAUAGAAAUAACGUGUAAGAGGGCAAGGCCUUCGUAAAACUGAGAUCUGAACCAGAAGGAGGUCGUAAAGCUAACGGAAGUGAGACUGAGCUUGGAGAUUGAGACACUCGUAAUCUCAAAAUCCCAUCUUUUUCUUGUUUCUCUUCAACAAUGGCAACCCCCAAAGCCCUAAAGCUUAAACCAAGAAUAAGAUCCCCAAUUCCGGUCAUGAUUUUGGGGUGCAUUACUGCCAUUGCUUUGCUUUUCCUGUUUUCCUCCUUGAAUUCCACUAAUCGAUUUUGGUUCAGCUCUGCCAAAACCCAUUUGAAAAAGAAAGCAAGGGAACACUCUCUCCAUGACAAGUAUUUGUACUGGGGUGACCGAAUCGAUUGCCCUGGAAAGCACUGUGAUUCAUGUGAAGGUUUGGGUCAUCAAGAGUCUAGCCUCAGGUGUGCUCUUGAGGAAGCCAUCUUUUUAAACAGAACUUUUGUGAUGCCUUCUAGAAUGUGUAUCAAUCCAAAUCACAAUAACAAGGGAAUCCUUCAUAAGGUUGACAACGUAACUGCAGAGGAAAGGUGGGCUGCAUCCUCUUGUACCAUGGAUUCUUUAUAUGAUAUUGACCUGAUAUCUGAAACUGUGCCUGUAAUCUUAGACAAUUCAGAUGCAUGGCAUCUAAUACUAUCGACUAGUAUGAAGUUGGGAGAUAGGGGGGUUGCCCAUGUGGAAGGACUUACACGAGUGGACCUCAAAGAGGAUAGUCAUUAUUCAAAUCUCUUACUCAUUAACCGAACUGCAAGCCCUUUGUCAUGGUUUGCAGAGUGCAAGGAUCGAAAGAACCACAGUGCUAUUAUAUUGCCGUACUCAUUUCUUCCUUCAAUGGCAGCAGAAAAGUUAAGAAUUGCAGCUGACCAGAUUAAAAGAGUCCUUGGUGACUAUGAUGCUAUCCAUGUUCGCCGAGGUGAUAAAAUAAAAACAAGGAAGGAUAGGUAUGGGGUUAAAAGGAGCCUACAUCCUCAUUUGGAUAGGGACACCCGUGCAGAAUUUAUCCUUCACAGAAUUCAGAAGUGGGUACCAUCUGGACGAACUCUUUUUAUUGCUUCAAAUGAGAGGACACCUGGAUUUUUUUCUCCGCUUUCUGUCAGGUACAAAUUGGCUUAUUCAUCAAAUUAUAGUCAUAUUUUGGAUCCUUUGAUUGAUAACAAUUACCAGUUAUUCAUGAUUGAGAGGCUUAUCUUGAUGGGAGCCAAAACAUUCAUUAAGACUUUCAAGGAAGAUGAUGCAGAUCUCAGCCUAACCGAUGACCCGAAGAAGAACACUAAAUUGUGGCAAAUUCCUGUUUAUACUUUGGAUGGCGAGGAAAGCUAAUUUUCUCUUACAGUACAAAUUCAUUUUGUGAUCCUCCGGCUAAUACGUUUGACACGUCGGUAAAGAAUUCAAUUAUUUUGUUGAGUUGCAUUUCAGGAUCUUGCAGCUACAUCCAGAGAAUCGAGUCCUGGGAAUAGGAUGGAGUAGCUGGAAAAUGUUGAUUGUUGUCGAGUAAGAUAAAUGGUUAUAUGUGUUUUUAAAGAUGUAUUUUACAGCCAUAUAUGUACUUCAGUCAUUCUUUUCUUUUGGAGUAUAUUUCAUGGGCGUUUACUAAAA